AUGGCUAAAGCAGAACAGAGCAGCAGGUGGAGUCUUCAAGGCAUGACCGCUCUUGUCACCGGCGGAACCAAAGGCAUUGGGCAUGCUAUAUCAGAGGAACUCGCAGGCCUUGGGGCAAAAAUAUACACAUGUGCAAGGGACGAAUCUCAGCUUAACCAAUGCUUAAAAGAAUGGGAAACGAAAGGAUUUAACGUCACAGGAUCAGUCUGUGACAUAUCGUCCCGUACAGAUAGAGAGAAACUGCUGCAAACUGUCUCCUCUCUGUUUGAGGGAAAGCUCAACAUCCUGAUAAACAAUGUAGGGACAUGUGUGACAAAGACAACCAUAGAAUCAACAGCAGAGGAUUUCUCAAAUCAUAUCUCAACAAAUUUGGAGUCCUCAUACCAUUUGUGUCAGCUUGCUCAUCCUCUUCUUAAAUCCUCUGGAUCUGGAAGUAUCGUCUUCAUUUCCUCUGUUGUUGGAGUUGUCUCAUGUAGCGUUGGAUCCAUCUAUGGUGCAACCAAAGGAGCUAUUUUCCAGCUUGUGGGAAACUUAGCAUGUGAAUGGGCUAGCGACAACAUAAGAGCGAACUUCGUUGCUCCCGGAGUCAUUGCAACUCCUCCAGCUAAAACUGAAACUCUUAAAACCUAUCUUUCAACAAAAGAGUUUGCAAAGAAUAUUGCACCGAAUAUACCAAUGCGGCGCGCUGGAGAGCCAGAAGAAGUGGCUGCAAUGACUGCGUUUCUGUGUCUACCUGCAGCUUCUUACGUUACAGGUCAAACCAUUUGUGUUGAUGGUGCUCUCUCCGUUCCUGCCUUCUAAAGACUUCCACCAAGUCAAUCUCUUACCAGACUAAGAGUAUCGUCCUGUUCACAUUCGAUGUUUGUUUUUAUUAUAUCCGUUUCUUAAAAUUUAGUUUGAUAUACAUUCGAUAUUUCAAU